AUGACUUCUAAAUCCUCAGCUAAUUACGAGCUGCUGAAAGAAUUGUACUUGGGUUUUGAUUUAUCUACUCAGCAAUUGAAAAUCAUUGCUACCAAUGGUAAAUUAGACCAUUUGGGAACCUACAACGUGGAGUUUGACCAGGAGUUUGGAGAGAAAUACGAGGUGAAAAAGGGGGUGAGAGUCAAUGAACAGUCUGGUGAAAUUGUGUCUCCAGUUGCAAUGUGGCUCGAUGCCAUAGAUUUCUUGUUUGGCAAGAUGAAACAACAAAACUUUCCAUUCGACAAGGUUGUUGGUAUCAGUGGCUCUGGUCAGCAACAUGGGUCUGUCUACUGGUCGCUGGAUGCACCUCAAUUGUUGUCUAACUUGGACGCUUCAACAACUCUUGCAUCCCAGUUAAAAUCUGCAUUCACGUUUCCUGAAUCUCCCAAUUGGCAAGAUCAUUCUACGGGAGAGGAAAUCAAGGUUUUUGAAGAUACGGUCGGUGGUCCUGAAAAGCUCGCUGAGUUGACAGGCUCGAGGGCUCAUUACCGAUUCACGGGCCUUCAGAUUCGAAAAUUGGCAGUAAGAAAGAACCCAGAACUUUAUAGAAAAACCCACAGAAUCUCGUUGGUGUCCAGUUUUGUUGCCAGUGUGUUGUCUGGUGAAAUCACUACUAUUGAGCAAGCGGAAGCAUGUGGAAUGAACAUCUACGAUAUCAAGAAGCACGACUAUGACGAUGAACUCUUGUCGUUGGCUGCAGGUGUUCAUCCAAAGGCAGAUAGCGCAUCAGAAGAAGAACGAGAAAAGGGCAUAGCAUCGUUGAAAGAAAAGUUGGGUGAAGUGAAGAAAGUUUCUUAUGACAAUUGUGGAACAAUUAGCUCAUACUUUGUGAAAAAGUUUGGUCUCAACCCUUCUGCUCGUAUUUACCCAUUUACUGGUGACAAUUUGGCGACGAUUAUUUCCUUGCCACUUCACCCAAACGAUAUCUUGUUGUCAUUGGGUACCUCGACCACUGUGUUAUUGGUGACUCAAAAUUUCAAGCCAUCGGCUCAAUACCACUUGUUUGUUCAUCCAACUAUGCCCAACCACUAUAUGGGUAUGAUAUGCUACUGCAAUGGUGCACUUGCUCGUGAAAAGGUUCGAGAUGCUUUGAAUGAAAAGUACAGCUUGGAAAAGAACUCGUGGGACAAGUUCAACGAGGUUUUGGACAGUUCCAAGAAAUUUGACAACAAGUUGGGAAUCUAUUUUCCUCUAGGCGAGAUAGUGCCCAAUGCCUCUGCCCAGUUCAAGCGCAGUAAGCUUGCCAAUGGCAAGAUUGAAGAUGUGGAGUCGUGGGAUAUCGACGAGGAUGUUAGUUCUAUUGUGGAAUCUCAAUCAUUGAGUGCUCGACUUCGUGCGGGUCCUAUGUUGAACGGUUCUGACUCGAGUAAUUCCUCAACACCCGAAUUAGACGAGUCGUCAUCAGGCGAGAGCUCCAAAUUGAAGAAGAUGUACCACGAACUCCACUCGGAAUUUGGUGAUUUGUACACCGAUGGUGAGAAACACACAUAUGGGUCUUUGACGUCUCGUCCCAGGAACACUUUUUUUGUUGGCGGAGCAUCCAAUAACCUCAGUAUUGUGAGAAAGAUGGCGUCUAUACUUGGAGCCAUGGACCACAACUACAAGGUGGAAAUUCCCAAUGCCUGUGCUUUAGGUGGGGCAUACAAAGCUAGCUGGAGUCACACCUGUGAGAAGAAAAACCAAUGGAUCAACUAUGAUGACUACAUUAGCCAAAACUUCCAUUUUGACGAUUUGGACCCAGUACAAGUGAAGGACGAAUGGGAGAGCUAUUUCAAGGGGAUGGGAAUGCUCGCCAAGAUGGAGGAGAAUUUGAAGCAUGAUUAG